CUUUGCUAAGGUCUCUGGGUAGGAUUGUAUAUUUCAAAAUGGCGGCGGGCUGUUGUUGUUCUUGGAGAUUGUUUUUGGUGUUACCGCUUCUUCUUGGGGAUCGGGUUAUAGAGGCUGCGACUAGCAACCGUACCACACUCUCGCCAUCUUCAAAUACGGGCUGUUUCUGUGACCUCGUUGGUAACGCCUGUGAUCCAAAUUGCUGCUGUGAUGAGGAUUGUACAGCUGCAGACAAGGAAGCUUUUACAAAAUGCCUGGACUCUGGACUAGAGGAAGAUAAUAAAGUUUGUGUAUCAAAAUACCUGCUUUUUACCCAAAAUACCCAAUAUCGAACCACUACAACAGGCUCUGGACUUUUUUGUAUUGUUAGAGACAACUAUGCUUCUAGAAACUUUUAUAAUGAUGUCCGAAUUGCUAGCACAAGGGAGGAGUUUUCAACUUUGAGGUCACAGACAACUAAAACAGUGUAUGAUGGUACUGACUCAAGCUUUCAGCAAUCAAAGCCAUCUUCUACUGUUUACAAGGCGGGAGACCCCAUAGUGCUUGUGUUUGGUAAUGGUGCCAAAGGGUAUCUUGCCAUUCCCAAGCCACUAGUAUCCAAGCAAUGUGAGGAUAACAACCCAGCAGGUUUUUUCCAAGAUGUAAGCAGUGAAUGUACUAGGUCCAUUGCUUCUGGAUGCACCACGUUACCAUACCUGGCGGCAGGCAGCUACUUCUCAGGAUUCCAAGUUGCUGCAUCCCCAUCAUUUUUUGCAGUCAGCACUGUAAAUUUGACGAGAAAUGCACUCCAAGAAAACUCCUCUUCCUCUAUGAAUGUAACAUCAUUUAAUAGUAGCCUACUGAUAGAUGUCAACCUGACACUUCCUAUCACAUGUCGCAAUGGUCUGGGUGUGUCCACUCUGUGUCCCUUUGUCUCCCCACCUUGGCCUACCUUUGAUUCGGCAUCACAGACAUGUAGCAAUGUUGUUAUGGAGGUGUCUUAUACCAUUUACUACAAUACGUCAACUGAUAUUACUAAAGUCAGUGUGGAGCUGGUGAUGGGUAGUCAGACUACAGCAUUACCUCUACUACAGAAAUUCUCAAUCAAGUUUAUCAAGGAGGGGAGUGAGCCAUUCUACCGUUCUGGGAAUCCAGGUUAUAUUGUCGGCAAGCCACUUGUUGCUGGGACGUUGCAAUUGGACACACUCAUGAAAAAAGAGGCUAUUGUACUCAGCUCUGACCCACUAAGCUGGUUAACAGUACCCAGCUCAUCUGCAGAUGGAGCAUGCUCUGCAUCUACUAAAAGGGUCCCUGUGGUAUUUGGUAUGGACACAAGAACAGGCUGUACUAUAAGCGUGACCUUAAGCACAAGUAGUGCUGCCUGUCAAAUCAUCCAGGACACUGCCCUCUCAGCCUUAUUAGGAAGUGUUCCUACCCAUGUGGCCAUGUUUGGCAAUUCAGAUGUCAAUAAAGUUGGUGACUGGGUCAAGAUUCUCAACACCAAGCCAUCACAAACUCCUGAUGGUGGUGGUGGAACGUGUAGGAACAUGAUCACGUCAGUGCAUAUCGAAGUGAUAUACGCGAAUUUUGGUUUCUUGGCGAACCCGCAAGCCAAGGUUGUGGGCGUGUUGUUUCAAUACGGCGAACCUCGAGAGAUACGCUACCAGUGUACCGGUCCAUUUUGUCAGUACGGGAACUCGGCCGUCAACCAGUCGUUUGAAGUCGUCUCGUCGGUCAGUUUUAUCGAUGUCUCUAAGCUCCCCGAUGCUCGCGUCAAACCCACGCCUACAUUCGAGGCAAAAGCGCCGUCCGACUUCUUCUAUCCCUUCUUACAAUGAGUUUUUUUUACUUAGCAGACAUUGUAUAUAAUGCACAUAUAUGUACAUAAUGAAAGGAGUUUUCAAUAAACGUUAUCAGAACGAAUAAAUGGUUACAAUUGGUUCAAUUAAUUUGUGCAAAAAGCCCGAUGAGAACUUAGACUUAAACAUAGAUAAUGUACAUGCCUGUACAUAAUGAAAGGAGUUUUUAAUAAACGUUAUCAGAACGAUAAAA